AUCAGGUCUCGCGGUGUUUGCGCGAGACCGCUUCCUGCCUUCUUCCCUCGCCAUUCUGCCUGCCUUUUUCCCUUCAGACCUACCCGGCCUCCCCGCCUCCCCGUCACCCCCUCCCCGUAGGGAUAAUAUGGUCUCCGGCGAUGGACGCCUCAGGUGCAGGAUAUCCCUUUGAGUACCUUAUUGAAACAUUAGAUGACAGUUCACAUAAGAAGUUCUUCAAUGUACCUAAACUUGGAGGCACCAAGUAUGAUAUUCUGCCUUACUCAGUACGGGUCCUGCUGGAAGCUGCCAUACGCAAGUGUGAUGGCUUCUUCGUGAAGAAGGAAGACGUUAUGAACAUUUUAGACUGGAAAACCAAGCAGAGCAAUGUGGAAGUGCCCCUUUUUCCCGCUCGUGUUCUUCUUCAAGAUUUUACUGGAAUACCGGCCAUGGUGGACUUUGCUGCUAUGAGGGAAGCAGUGAAAACUCUUGGAGGUGAUCCUGAGAAAGUCCACCCUGCUUGUCCAACAGACCUCACCGUUGACCACUCCCUACAAAUCGACUUCAGCAAAUGUGCGAUACAGAAUGCACCGAACCCUGGAGGUGGUGAGCUGCAGAAAGCAGGAAAGCUGUCUCCUCUGAGAGCACAGCCAAAGAAGUUGCCCUGCAGAGGCCAGGCCACCUGUCGAGGAUCCUGCGAUUCUGCAGAGCCAAGCCAGAACUCAGGAACGUUUGCUGCGCAGAUUGAGAACACACCUGUCCUGUGUCCUUUUCAUUUGCAACCAGUGCCUGAACCUGAAACAGUGUUAAAAAAUCAAGAAGUGGAAUUUGGCAGAAAUCGAGAGAGGCUUCAGUUUUUCAAGUGGAGUUCAAGAGUCUUUAAUAAUGUGGCUGUGGUCCCUCCGGGAACGGGAACGGCUCAUCAGGUGAACCUGGAAUAUCUGUCUCGAGUUGUCUGUGCAGAGAAGGACCUCCUCUUCCCAGACAGCGUGGUUGGCACGGACUCUCACAUAACCAUGGUGAAUGGUUUAGGAAUUCUUGGAUGGGGAGUUGGAGGCAUUGAGACAGAAGCAGUUAUGCUGGGUCUGCCAGUUUCUCUUACUUUACCAGAGGUGGUUGGAUGUGAAUUAACAGGAUCAUCCAACCCUCUUGCUACGUCCAUAGAUGUUGUUCUUGGCAUCACAAAGCACCUCAGGCAAGUAGGAGUGGCUGGAAAGUUUGUAGAGUUUUUUGGAAGUGGAGUUUCACAAUUAUCUAUUGUUGAUCGAACUACAAUAGCAAACAUGUGUCCAGAAUAUGGUGCUAUCCUCAGCUUUUUCCCUGUUGACAAUGUGACAUUAAAACAUUUAGAACAUACAGGUUUUGAUAAAACCAAACUAAAGUCAGUGGAAAUGUACCUUAAAGCUGUGAAAUUGUUUCGAAAUGACCAGAAUUCUUCAGAACCUGAAUACUCCCAGGUGAUCCAGAUUAAUCUGAGUUCAAUAAUUCCCUCUGUCAGUGGUCCCAAGAGACCCCAGGAUAGAGUUGCUGUGACAGAUAUGAAAAAUGAUUUCCAGGCUUGCUUAAGUGAAAAGGUUGGAUUUAAAGGAUUUCAAAUUGCAGCUGAAAAACAAAGUGACACCAUCUCCAUCCAUUAUGAAGGACGAGAAUACCAGCUGACUCACGGGUCCGUGGUCAUCGCUGCGGUCAUCAGCUGUACCAAUAACUGUAAUCCAUCCGUCAUGCUCGCUGCAGGUCUUUUAGCCAAGAAGGCUGUUGAAGCUGGUCUGUGUGUUAAACCUUACAUAAGAACAAGUUUAUCUCCAGGCAGCGGGAUGGUCACUCAUUACCUCAGCUCAAGUGGAGUGUUGCCAUAUCUUAGCAAGCUCGGAUUUGAAAUCGUUGGCUAUGGAUGUUCAACAUGUGUGGGCAAUACGGCACCCUUAUCAGAAGCAGUUUUAAAUGCAGUAAAACAGGGUGAUUUGGUUACCUGUGGAGUUUUAUCUGGAAACAAAAAUUUUGAAGGUCGUCUUUGUGAUUGUGUUCGUGCCAAUUAUCUUGCCUCUCCACCCUUAGUGGUGGCUUAUGCCAUAGCAGGCACAGUGAACAUAGAUUUCCAGACAGAACCUUUAGGUACUGAUCCUACUGGCAAGAACAUUUACCUGCAUGAUAUUUGGCCCAGUAGAGAAGAAGUUCAUCAGAUAGAGGAAGAACAUGUUGUAUUGUCCAUGUUUAAAACACUAAAGGAGAAGAUAGAAGUUGGAAAUAAAUGGUGGGAUUCCUUAGAAGCACCAGACUCAGUUUUGUUUCCAUGGGAUUUAAAAUCUACUUACAUCAGAUGUCCUUCGUUUUUUGAUAAACUUACCAAAGAGCCAGUUGCACUCCAGCCCAUUGAAAAUGCCCAUGUCUUGCUGCAUUUGGGAGAUUCCAUUACUACAGAUCACAUAUCGCCUGCUGGAAGCAUUGCUAGGAGUAGUGCUGCAGCCAAGUAUUUGACAAACAGAGGCCUUACCCCUCGUGAAUUCAACUCUUAUGGAGCCCGAAGAGGUAAUGAUGCAGUGAUGACAAGAGGCACUUUUGCAAACAUCAAGCUUUUUAAUAAGUUCAUUGGAAAGCCAGCUCCCAAAACAAUUCAUUUUCCAUCAGGACAGACGCUAGAUGUAUUUGAAGCUGCAGAGAUGUAUCAGAAAGAAGGUAUCCCACUAAUUAUUCUAGCAGGAAAGAAGUAUGGUUCAGGAAAUUCAAGAGACUGGGCUGCCAAAGGACCCUAUUUACUGGGUGUAAAAGCUGUUUUGGCUGAAAGUUAUGAAAAAAUACACAAAGACCAUUUGAUUGAAAUUGGCAUAGCUCCACUUCAGUUCCUUCCUGGAGAAAGUGCAGAUGUCCUGGGCCUCUCUGGCAGAGAAACAUUUUCUUUAACAUUUCCUGAAGAGCUGUCUCCUGGAAUAACAGUAAAUAUAAAGACAAGUACUGGAAAAGUAUUCAGCGUGAUUGCUUCAUUUGAAAAUGACGUGGAAAUAACACUGUAUAAACACGGAGGAUUACUAAACUUUGUGGCACGAAAAUUCUCCUAGUAUCUGCUGGCCAUGGAUGUUCAGAAACUCUUGACUUCAAAGUGCUGGACCAGGGAUCCUGGCAUGGAGCUGCAAUGUUCCCAGUGCGCUCACCUGUGUCAUCCGCAGAUGUAAAUGAUUAUGAAUCACAGUAGUGACUGCAAUGAAAUUUUGAUCUUAAAUCAUACACGAAUGGUGCUAUUAACAUUGCUAAAAUCAACGUGUGACGUGUGUUGUGGAAGAAACCUGUAAGUAUGGGUGGGUGGGGAUAUUUUAUCAGACCAUUUUGUAAAUAAAGGCAGAAUUUGAACUUGUGUUGAAGAUUCUUACAUGAGUAACCUUGUUUGUUUAGUUUUGCACCUAUAAAACUGUACUACUGUUUGUUGGUUUAAAAGUAGCAGAUUGAAAUAUAAGAACCCAGAUUAGACUUUAAAUUGUGGAGGUUAGAAUCUGAUUUUUAAAUGCAUUAUUAAGUAUAUCAGUUCCUUUCCAGAGUUGCUGACCACAGUUGGCAUUCUUAGUCUGUCAUGAAAGCCAGGUUUAUCCUUAGUCUCAUUCAAACUACAGGGAGAGAGCCCGCCCCAGAUCACAAUCAUUCUGUGCAGUGCAGCCAAGGUUUCCUUCACAUCUGCAUUUGGACCAUUGCAGAAUACAAGUAGUUCUGUGGCACAUGCGUUAGCAGUGAAAGAUGGAUGUCUGGUGCAGCACUUAGUUUUUGGUAGUUUGUCACUAUACCCUGUGGCAGGUCUCAGAUACCAUUCUAUUAAUUGGAUCAGCUUAUGUUGCACAUCUGAUGUGAUACUAGAACUUUUUAUAACCUAGUGGAGGUAUCACCAAUUGACAUUCCACACUCAUCUUGUGGAAGCUAAAGAACUUGAAUCAUUAGAUGGUAACCAUAUUUCUUUUAAAUUAUCCACCCUAAAUUAUAUGGAUCUUUACCCCUAAGCAUUUUUUAAAUGUUCCUAUUUGAUUUCCUAUCACUUCAAAUAAUUAUUUCACCAAGAAUAAGUGUGAUUCUGUUAGUUUUUUUAUAGAGAAUGUCAGAUAUUCUCUAUAUGCCUGUUUUUCUAUCAUAUUCAUCAAACAUUUGUUCUAUCAAGACAUUUGGCAACUUCUUACACAACAGGUUGGACAAUUAAUUUCAGAAGAUCUUAUACCUUUGUUUAAGAAAACAAGCUUAGCAGCAAAAGGUUAAGGUACUGUUUUUGUUUCACACGGAGAUCUUCAUAUGAUCUAGGUAAGGUCUUGCAGUUCAGAAUUAGCUCGCAUUGCACAGAAUAAAAAAUUGGUUUUUUUAAAAACUAAAAUGCUGAAACUACCAAACCAAUGGGUAAAGACCUGAGAACUUUGCACAUAAUCAAUCAUAGUCUUUUGAAAACAUCUUGUAAAUAUUUAUUAAACAAUGAGUUGUGCUAGAAUUUGAGUUUCCUAUUUAAAUUUUUUAUGAAUAUUUCUUUGAUCCUUUCAAAUCAUGUUGUGUCUCGAUACAUGCUGUGUAUCUGUCAGUGCAUGUGUUUAAUUUACAUGAGUUUAUGACGGAGAAUUUACAGAUUGAAUGUUAAAGUGUCUGUUACAUGUUUUGAAGAAAUGGUAAUUCCAGAUUGUGUGGGAAAGAAAAACUGUUACUUUGAAAGUGUAUCUGUGGACAUCACACAAACUAAUCAAGAAAUGGUGAUAAAGCCAUUUAGUAGUGGUGGCUCAAAUGUGAACAUUUAUAAGCAAACCUGUAUUCCAGGAACAAAACUAAGGUUCUUUUGAUCUCUCACUGAUACGGGUGAGCUUGGUUUUAAAGUCAAGGAGGAGAGUUGUAGGCCUAUGCCCCUGGGUGUAAUUCUGCCUUUCGCCAAACGCUGCAGAACUAGCAUUUGAUUGUUUUACUUCACCUACUUUGUUGACUCUGUGGGUAAUUUUGUGUUACAAUAGAAGUGUGAUAGGCACACUAAAGCAAAUCAGUGUUGUGAACUUAAGAGUUUGCAAGUUAUUACCAACAGCAACAUUUACCUUCUGGAAAACCUGCUAUGCCACAUUGCCAUUUUCAUACCUUUAGGUCUUGCUACUAUUAAAUGUCAUACAGCUACUAAAAUAUCUCUACUAUUUAUACCUUAAAAUUCCCAAAAUGACAGUUGUCAUUUUCUGUCUUGUCUCCAUUGAAGACACUUGGGUACAAGGAAGCAGAAUUGCUUCAGCCAUUGCCUGGAUUUCCCCUGGUGAUUGUAUUGAAAGCUAUAAAGCUACUAGCUGAAUCCAAGUCAGCAUUGUUUGCAUAUUCAGUGACAAUGAUGUGUGUGCAUUGGCCUGUCACUGACAAGUGACAGGAUGGGAGGAACUUGACACUUUUCUGUGGUUAAAUUAAGAGACAUCUUUCUUUUGCUUUUAGGUUUAGAAUAAAAUCCUAACAUACCUGGGCAUUGACGCGAUCCAGUUCGAUGUAAACAAGACAGUGGCAAAGGGGUUGACUUAGGCUUUUUCAGUGUUUUGGCUUUUGUUUUAAUUUUUCCCUAAUGGGUGACAGUGCUGAUGUUUUCUAUCAAAUUUUACACAUGGGGCUAUGAAACCAUAUAUCUCAAUUAACUGCAAAUCACUGUCUUAUUUAAAGCCAACAGUACAGUGCAACAGUUUUAAGUUCAAUAAUGUUAAGUAUUGUAUAGAAAUAUAUUAGAGGCAAAGUUCAGCUGAUGACAAUGGUGUAUAUGUUACUGAUGAUGUAAAUUAUUUUUAAUAAAGAAAAUUGUAUUAUCACA